AAACUAUUUAUCUGCUUUAUAGCAAAAUGUUAUCUCAGAAUUUUGUUUACUUUUUUUACUGCACAAUCAUAGUAUCAUUUGUGCAACUAUCGUAACGUGUACUACACGAUGUGGAGGUUGUACAUUCUACUAAAUACGUUCAUUUUUGUGUACGGGAUAAAUCCUGGUCCUGAUAUUCAACCCUCCAAAGGAGAGGUGUGGCCUAAGCCCCUAAGGCAGGAAAAAUACGGCAAGUACUAUUUAAUCGACCCUAUAAGGGCUUUCAAUUUUGAGCUACUUAAAGAAAUAGGUUGCCCAAAGUUCGUAAAUGAUGCCUUUGAUAGAUACGUGAAGAUUAUAAACAGUACCAUUGCUUUAAAACUGAAGAAAGGUGUCUGGGAGAAGGUCGUACCCGAAAAGAAGGAAAUCAGUGAUGAGAAUUUCCUCGGAUAUUUGGAAAGCAUGACCGUAAAUAUCGAAAAUGAGUGUUCCGGUGAAGACAUUGUUCCAGGUUUAAGAGAAUAUGAGGAUUAUUCACUGAGUGUUGACGAGGAUGGUGCCUACUUAUACACAUUGUCGAUUUGGGGGGUACUGCGAGGUCUAGAAACUUUUUCGCAGUUGAUUCAUUUGGAAGACGAUAGCUUGAUCAUUGGUACCACUUUCAUCGAAGACUAUCCCAGUUUUCAUCACAGAGGUAUUCUAAUUGACACUUCCCGACAUUUCCAACCCGUGUCCAUCCUUCAACAAAUGUUGGAUGCUAUGGCGUACAACAAAUUCAACGUUCUGCAUUGGCAUAUGACAGAUGACCACAGUUUUCCAUACCGGAGUACCACCUUUCCAGAACUAAGUGAACAAGGUGCGUACCACCCGACUGAGUUAAUCUACGACCAAGACGACAUUCGUCUAGUUAUCGAGUACGCUCGACUGCGAGGUAUUCGUGUCAUACCGGAAUUCGACACCCCUGGUCAUACAAGAUCUUGGGGCGUCUCCCAUCCAGAAUUACUCACUACUUGCUAUGAAAACAACGAACCCAGUGGAGAAUUGGGACCUAUGGACCCCACUAAAAACACCACGUAUGAUUUUAUAGCCAAACUAUUCCAAGAAAUCUCGGACGUAUUUCCGGACUCGUACUUCCACAUUGGAGGAGAUGAAGUAGCUUCUGGUUGUUGGGAAAGCAAUCCCGACAUAUCCACCUUCAUGGACCAAAACCACAUCGCCACCUAUGUAGAUCUAGAAACCUACUUCAUCCAAAAAGUGAUCGAUAUUUUAGGUACUUCCAACUCCAACCACCUCGUGUGGGAAGAAGUUUUUGUCAACGGGGUACAACUACCCAACUCUAGCGUCGUCCAAGUUUGGCGAGACAACGGUUUAAGCACCUUAAGAGACGUAGUUGCCGCGGGCAAAUUCGGUGUGUAUUCCUCUUGCUGGUACUUCGCCUCGCUGUAUUUUGGUGCAGACUGGACUUCCUUCUACGACUGCGACCCUUUAGCCUUAAUAGAAGACCAAAAUCAAAGAGACCUAGUUCUGGGCGGUGAAGCUUGCAUGUGGGGCGAGUACGUCAAUCAGUUCAACAUAAUUCCAGAAGUUUGGCCUGCUGCCAGUGCCGUCGCCGAACGACUUUGGUCACCUGCGGACGUCACAGACGUCGAAGACGCUAAAAGAAGACUAGAGGAGCAUGCCUGUAGGAUGAACAAGCGUGGAAUUGAAGGACAACCCCCCAACGGACCUGGGUUUUGUGUUUAAACAAUAAAUUUUAAACAGAAA